GAUCUAAGGCUUAAAUGAUUAACACCUUGAAUGGACAUGGAUCGCUUUCUCACCCUGUGAACAUCAUUCAUUUCAGAAGCUUUGCUUCUGCUGCAACUAGACAUGUCUCUCAGCGUCUUGAGUAGGAAAGAGAAAGAAAAGGUCAUCCGCAGACUCUUAGUCCAGGCUCCUCCUGGGGAAUUUGUGAAUGCCUUUGAUGAUCUCUGUCUACUUAUCCGCGAUGAGAAGCUCAUGCACCAUCAGGGUGAGUGUGCGGGCCAUCAGCACUGCCAAAAAUACUGUGUUCCACUCUGCAUCGAUGGCAACCCAGUCCUCCUGUCUCACCACAAUGUGAUGGGUGACUUCCGGUUCUUUGACUAUCAGAGCAAACUUUCUUUCAGGUUUGACCUACUCCAGAAUCAGUUGAGAGACAUCCAAAGCCAUGGAAUCAUUCGGAAUGAGACUGAGUACCUGAGAUCUGUUGUUCUGUGCGCCUUAAAACUCUACGUGAAUGAUCACUACCCAAGUGGAAAUUGCAAUGUGCUGAGAAAAACAGUCAAAAAUAAAGAAUUCUUAAUAGCUUGCAUAGAAGACCACAGCUACGACAAUGGAGAUUGUUGGAAUGGUCUUUGGAAGUCUAAGUGGAUCUUCCAGGUAAACCCAUUUCUAACCCAAGUAACAGGAAGGAUUUUUGUGCAAGCUCACUUCUUCAGGUGUGUCAAUCUUCAUAUUGAAAUCUCCAAGGACCUGAAAGAAAGCUUGGAGGUGGUCAAUCAAGCCCAGUUGGCUCUCAGUUUUGCAAGGCUUGUGGAAGAACAAGAGAAUAAGUUUCAAGCUGCUGUCUUAGAAGAGUUGCAGGAGCUGUCCAAUGAAGCCCUGAGAAAAAUUCUACGGAGGGACCUUCCAGUGACCCGCACCUUGAUUGACUGGCAGAGGAUCCUCUCUGACUUGAAUCUGGUGAUGUACCCCAAGUUAGGAUACGUCAUUUACUCCAGAAGUGUGCUUUGCAACUGGAUAAUAUAAAGGACUGCUCCUGGCUGCUGUCUCAAGCUAAAUGUUUGCUUUCUGGGGACUGGGUGCUUGCAUAUAGCUAAGUUCUUGGACUUGUAAUUAGCAUGUCAUUAGUCCCCAUUUUAAAGAGGGAAGAGAAUAAGAAAUACUUUUAUACAGACAGUAUUCACAAACAUGGCAAGGAAAAGGGGUGGAUACAUUUCAUAAUGUUAACUAUCACAAAUUCAGAGAUACUUAUGAGAGCCUAAAAUAACUUUAUAGAGGGG